CCCCACCCCCCUGCCUACCUGACGUGCUGCAAGUCUCACCUGGGCUGAUCCAUUCCAGGAAGUACUGUCCCUCCUUGUGAGUUUGUGGAUCUAACAUCUGACCCCUGCACCUUGACCCUUUGUUGAGGAAAGGAAUGUGAGCUCCUGUGGUUCCCAGAUCUCUCCAGCAGACAGGAGAUGAGUCCAUGAUGGAGACAGACAUCAAGGGGAAACAAGGGGAUCAUCGGGGCACAGAGGGGAAUGGGGCAGAUGAAGAGGAGGCACCAAGUGAUGGCACAGAGGCAAUACCCACCGAGAAGGAGAAGGAGCCCACGAAUGAUCUUUGUGACAGGAGAGAGCAGGGGAGUGAACGGCCAAUAACAUUAACUGGGGAAACUGGAAAUUCUGGCUCAGAGAGCAACAUGGCUACCAGCAAUAAUGGAGACACGGGUCAAAGGUCACAUGACAAUAGCCCAAUAACAUCAGUUUCCACGGACUGCUUGGCUUCCAAGAAGAGAGAGACGAUCACUGAGCAGAGGAAAACUGUCAUGGGGCAGGCCGAGACAGUCAUCGAGCAGAGGGAGAUCACUACAUAUUAUGAAGAGACAGUCACUGAACAAGGAGAGACAUCAAAAUGGCAGGGAGAGUCCACCACCAAGCAGGAAGAAGCAGCCACUGAGCCUAGAGAGAAAGGCACUUGGCAGGCUGAGACAGUCACCGAGCGGGGUGAUUCAGUCACAGGGUUGGGUGAGACUGCAGGAGAACUUGGAGGGACAGCUACAGAGCAGGGAGAGACAGUCACAGAGCAAGGAGAUGCAGCCACUGUGCAGGAAAGGGCACCUACUGGGAACGGAGAAGCAGUCACUGAGCAGAGGGAAAUUGCCACAGAGAACAAGGAAACAGCCACUGAGAGAGGAGAGAGAGGAGAGACAUCCAUUGGGCAGGAAGAGGCAGCCAGCUUGCAUAGGGAGACAUCUACAGAGCAGGGAGAAACAACCACAGAGCAUGGAGAGACAGACUCUGGGGAGGAAGAGACAGCCACAGAGCAUGAAGAGACUGCUGCAGAGCAGGCAAAGACAUCCAAAGAGCAGGGGGAGGCAGAUGAUAAGCAAAAAGAGACAGACACAAAACAGAAUGAAGCCAGUCACAGAGCAUGGAAACACCACAGUCAAGUAUGAGCAAUACGAGAGUGAAAAUGAGCAGUGGCAAACAGCGACUGAGCAAUGGGAGACAGACAGAGAGGAAGGAACUACAGACACACACGACAUACAUCCACUCAUAGCACAGAAAAUGGACAGAGAGAGAGACACAGAAGAAACUGCCAAUCAGAGUAGAAGAGAGACAUUGAGCGAAGACAGUGAAGAAUGGGAAACUGCGAGUGAUGACAGCAUAGACAGACCAGUAUUAGUGCAGAAUGAAGAGACUGUCGAUUGGGUUAUUAGAGAGGUCAGGGAGAUUAUGAGGGAGAGAGAAGUAGAAGACAGUGAAGACCUAAACACAAUUUCUCAUGGAAUCCAAACUGCCAGCCUAACAAGUCAUGAAGUGACAGACACUAUUAGGGAGGGAGAGACUGUUGUUGACAAAAGAACCUCAGUCAACGAGAGUGAAACUGGUGAGACUGGGGGGACACUGGCCAUGAAUAAUGAGGACAAUGUGUUGGAAACCAUUAGGGAUGGGACAACAGAGACAGGUACUGAAGGAAGUGUUACUCAACCUGAGGAGAGACAACAGGAGACUGAGGGGACAGCAGUCAAAAUAGGAGAACAAUGGGACUUGUUAGAGGAGAGGAAGGACACAAGUGCAGAAAUAAUGGCACCAAGUAAAACAACAGAAAGGCAAGAGAGUGAAAUGGAGAAACUAGAGCAAGAAGAAAUUCCUGAGGAAAGCCAAGAAGAUGGAAUUGUUAUAGAGAGAGGUCUGUGCAAUCUGUUGGGAACAGAUACAAGGGUCCAAGGACAGGGUUUACUGGAGACAGAUACAGGGGUCCAAGGACAAGGCUUAAUUGAGACAGAUACAGGGGUCCAAGGACAAGGCUUAAUUGAGACAGAUACAGGGGUCCAAGGACAAGGUUUAACGGAGACAGAUACAGGGGUACAAGGACAAGGCUUAUUAGAGACAGAUACAGGAAUCCAAGGACAAGGCUUAUUGGAGACCGAUACAGGGGUCCAAGGACAAGGCUUAAUUGAGACAGAUACAGGGGUCCAAGGACAAGGCUUAAUUGAGACAGAUACAGGGGUCCAAGGACAAGGCUUAAUUGAGACAGAUACAGUGGUCCAAGUACAAGGUUUAUUAGAGACAGACACAGGGGUCCAAGGACAAGGCUUAAUGGAGACAGAUACAGGGGUCCAAGGACAAGGUUUAACGGAGACAGAUACAGGAAUCCAAGGACAAGGCUUAUUGGAGACCGAUACAGGGGUCCAAGGACAAGGCUUAUUGGAGACAGAUAAAGGGGUCCAAGGACAAGGCUUAAUAUGGACAGAUGCAGAGGUACAAGGGCAAGGCUUAUUAGAGACAGAUACAGGGGUCCAGGGACAAGGCUUAUUGGAGAUAGAUACAGGGGUCAAGGGACAAGGCUUAUUAGAGACAGAUACAGGGGUCCAGGGACAAGGCUUAUUGGAGAUAGAUACAGGGGUCAAGGGACAAGGCUUAUUGAAGACAGAUACAGGGGUCCAAGUACAAGGCUUAAUGGAGACAGAUACAGGGGUCCAAGGACAAGGCUUAUUGGGAACAGAUACAGGGGUCCAAGGACAAGGCUUAUUGGAGACAGAUACAGAGGUCCAGGGACAAGGCUUAUUGGAGACAGAUACAGGAGUCCAAGGACAAGGCUUAAUGGAACAGGAAAUAACUUGUCAGUUUGGUGAUGUUACCAAGCAAAGUUUGGAUCAUAAAAGUGCUGAAAAAGUGCAUUUGACCCAAGAAAUUACAGUUACUGAAGAGGAAGAGAGUGAGGCUCAACAGCCAGUUGAUGGAAUCUCUGACUCUCCACAAGCCAUGAUGGAAGCUGUUGACCAUGAAACCCAUUGUCAUAUUCCUGUUGAAUUAAGCCUCAGUUGUGAAUUACAAGAUCCGAUGAGGGGGGUCAUCAAUCUAGACCAUAUCUAUGGAGAACCCAGUAGUACUUUUGAUUUCCAGCCCUUUGAAACACAGAGAAGCCAAAGUUUAUGCUCAGAUGUUUUCAGCCCCACCUACUCUGACCAAACAGAGCCAGAAGGGUAUGAACAAAAUGAGAUGCCUCAACUUGGGGACAAAGCUCAUCAGUAUAAUGACCAAUAUCAGGAGGAGAAGGGUUUGUGUCCAGCUGUCCUUACAAGAUCUGUUCUAUGUAGCACAGACCCCAAUAAGGAUGGUAACUAUGACAUUGUUGAAGGUUCACAAGGGGUAGGCUGCAAUGCAGUAAAAGAGACUCCUUCAGCGCUGGGAAUUUUACAAGAGGCAGCUGGAUCUGUGGAAAUAUCUUUAGAGAAGACAGAAGGAUCUGAUUCCCAAAACACUGGGCGAUACCUCUCAGAGCAAGCCAUGGAUAAGGGUGAGACAGACUCCAUCACUGAUACGGGGACUGCUAUGGAAAAUGAAACACAGGGAAUGACUAGGCAGUGGAGUACUACUGAAUCCUUAGGGACAGCAGAAUGUAGCAUCAUGCAGUCUGAACCCUAUGAUGAAGGUUCUCUCCAAAAGACCAGAAUAGCGAGUCUCAUCCCUCUAGUGAGUCUCACCCCUCCAGAGGACAAAGAGGAAUGUUCCCCAGAAAUCACUAGAGAAACUGUAAUUCUCUCUGCCUAUAGUCCACAUGUAGGGCAGGAAAGGGAUAAUAUUAUUGCCUCAGAUGAGAGGAAUGCACAAAACAAAAAGACCAACUUCUACCCCAUUCAGAUUUCAAAUCCCAUCCUGAAUUUGUCUGGAAGUCCAGAACACUUGGGGUUUUACAGUGAAGGGCUGGAUAAUUCUGAAGGGAACACAUGUAUGGACCUUCCAGGCAAUCAGCCUGGGAUGAAUUUUGGAGCGUCUCAUCAUUCUCCUGUUCCUAAAAGACCCUUAAGGCCACAAAAUCCUGUGUGGGUCGCUCCCCGCCAGAUACGGUAUUCGGAGGACCCUGCGAGAGUUUACAAAACAAAUGAGCAACGAGAGAGUUUUCUGAUAAGACGAUCCACAAUCAGAUACAAGAAAGGUACAUAUCAAGGGACAGGCAAUGUAAAGAAAAGGCGCAGUGUUUUCAUUCCUCCUCCAGUGGAUGAACAAGAACCUACAAGGGACUCUGGCAAGAGUGGCCAAUCUACAAUACCAACCUUCUCUGCCAUUAACAUCCUGAGACCUGGCUCACCUCAGUCUAUACUUUCAUUCCGACCCGAGUCACAGGCCAUAUUUGAGAAUGAACAAUCAGAUGACAAUUCAGGCCAAGAGAACCUUGCUGAUGAAGAAGAACCAAUCAAAAAAGAAAGCCCUUCUAGAAGGUCGGACUCUGUCGUCCUACGGGAGAAACAUCACGAUAAGACCCCAGAGCUGUCACAAAGGUUGCGGCGCAAUUCUAAAUUCUAUGGUGCAUCCAGAGUCCUGUAUCAGGAAUACAGCGAUGAAGCUCUUAAUCAGGCCAUCAAAAACCAGACACCCGAGUCACCCAGACUACGUCGGAGGGAAUCCCAAGACUCCUACCUGCAGCGCCUUUCCAUGUCCUCCGCUGACUCCCUGUGGCAGGACAUUCCUGAGAUACGUGGCAGUGUGGGGUUCCUCUCAAUGUCACGCGACGAGCAGAAACUACAGGAGGCCAAGUUUGAGCUGAUCAUGUCAGAGGCCCUCUACCUGCGCAGCCUGAAUAUAGCGGUGGAUCACUUUCAGUACAACCCGGACCUGCAGGAAGUUCUGACUGCCCAAGAUCGGCAGUGGCUUUUCUCCCGGCUGUCUGAAGUGCGAGAUGCCAGUUCUGAGUUCCUGUUCGAUCUGGAGGACGAAUUCCAGAGAAACAAGUACAACUUCCAAGUAUGCAAAACAGUAAUCGACCAUGAGCCGAACUUCCGAAGAGUCUACCUGCCUUAUGUCACCAACCAAUCCUACCAGGAGAGGACCUUCCAAAGGCUUCUGAACAACAACCCACGUUUCCAGCUAGUUCUGUCGAGGCUGGAGAGUGAUCCCAUGUGCCAGAGACUUGGGCUCAAAUCCUUUCUGAUCCUUCCGUUCCAGAGAAUCAUUCGUCUCCGGCUGCUGCUCCAGAACAUCUUGAAACGUUCUGCCCCAGGAUCCGUUGAUGAACUGCAAGCAACGCAAGCUCAUAACGCGGUGGAGAAGCUGAUCAGAGACUGCAAUGAGAGUGUUCAGCGGAUGAAGGACACAGAAGAGCUGAUCCUUCUGAACCAGAAGAUCCAGUUUGAAUGCAAGAUAUUCCCCCUCAUCUCCCAGUCUCGCCGGCUAAUUAAACACAGUGAGGUCUCGGCACUUGAAAUGAACUCUAUCAGCUUCAAACUGAAGAUCACACGGGCCGUCUACUUACAUCUCUUCAAUGACUGUCUGCUGCUGUCUCGGACCAGAGAGGGCGGGCGCUUCCUGGUGUUUGAUUACGCGCACGCGGCCGACGUACGGGUGGAACGAUGUGAGAAGAGAAUUCAUGGGAACCAAAAGAAUAUUUUCUGCAUCUCUCUGGCAGAAAAUGCUGCUGGGAGUCCAGAUGGGAGAAGGGCUGAAUAUUUCUUCCGCACAGACACACAGAGUCAGAAACUCAGAUGGAUCUCAGCUCUAUCCCCUCCCAAGGAAGAGCCGGACCUCUUUAAAUAUCAUGGCCUCUCACAGAUGCUGUGCUUGAAAUCGUACAAAGCCAGAGAAAAUGACGAGCUGUCGCUGGAGAAAGCUGAUAUCAUUUUUGUGAAACAACGCAGUGAAGAUGGCUGGCUCCAGGGUGUGCGUCUCUCUGACAUGCAGUCUGGUUGGUUCCCUAUGUCACAUGUGCAGCCCGUCAGUCGCAACGCGUGUCUCCGGAACCUGGAGGAAGAGCAGAGGUUACAAACUGCCAGGGCCAAGCUGCAACUGCCACCUUCCAACUGACCAGCCACCACUUACAGGGGAAUAUACUGGGCUCAUGAACAGGAAUUGUCUCCUUUAUUUUCCCUUAAAUAGUCAAUAAAAUAUAAGGGCUUAGUUGAUUGUAUAUGUGUAAUUGGAAGCUGCCUUAGUGAUUGUGCUGAGCUUAAAUAUCCCCCAUAAGAAGAGCACCCCCUAGUGGCCACAACUAAAUGGUGGAGAUCUCUAUUACUGUAAGAUCUCAGGAGCAGGACCCUCUCCGUCUCUCGUUCAGUAUUUUAUAGACAAUUAACAUUGUUGCUUUUAAUUGUACAGAGUCAGUCAAUAGGACCACUUCACAAAUCCGUAAUAAGAAUAGACGCUUCUGAUAAAUUGGAAAGGCAUCUAUUAAAGGGUAAAUAAACCCAAAGAGCACUGCAUACAUUGCUUUGAAUUCUGAUCAGUCUUGGUUUGCACCCGUAAUGCUCUGCAUAUUAUACUCUGUGCGGAUCCUUCCUAUCAAUGCAACAAUCACUCUUCUUCAUCCAAAUGUGCAGAAUUAUAUUUAUAUUUUUAAUAAAAUAACUAACAAUCAA